AUGAACAGUUCAGCUCCAUACACUGUACACACUCAUGAGCUCAACCCUCCUCUCCCUCAACCUAUAUCAGGACCAAGCACCGCAUCUCCGAUGGAUCUCCUUAUUCUUCAAGUCAAGGCUUUCCUAGAUGCUGCAGAAGACGUGGAAGUCGGUCCGGAAACAAUACAAGAAUUGCUCCAGUUGAUUGCGGAUAGACAAACGACAAACGUUGUAGAUUUGGAACCAACACCAGAUGUAGAGGACGAAGACGAUGAAUGGCUGCCUGGCCAAGAACAUAACGAUGUGGAACUCGACAUCUCCGCGCUGUUCACGAAUGCGCAUGAUGAAACUUGGACAAAGGAGGAACGUAAAGAGAUGAUCAGCUUUUUGAAAGAGCGAGGAAUGGGACAUUUUGUACGCAAAUACGCGAUAAAUCGUGCAAUACCGAUCCCAACAUUGCUCCUGGCUUUCGGGAUCAAGCUGUGUCCGGAACUCCAGAACAGAAGUAAUCCUACACUAUAUUACUUCCUUCGCGUAGCGAUGUGGAAAGAACUGCGACUGCGAGAGAAGUUAUCUGAGUACAACACAAUCUCAGAUGCCGUCAACCUAAUACGGAACAGCAAACGAAUGUUGAUACUGACAGGCGCUGGUAUAAGCGUUUCUUGUGGCAUACCAGAUUUUAGAUCCCGUAAUGGGUUAUAUGCUCAAUUGGGCGAUUAUGAGUUGGAUGAUCCUCAACAGAUGUUCGAUAUAAAUUAUUUCCGUGAAAAUCCAUCAGUAUUUUAUUCUUUUGCUAGUCAGAUAUUUCCUUCAAAUUUUGUACCUUCAUCCUGCCAUCGAUUUAUUAAACUUAUUGAAGACAAAGGCCAGCUCCUUCGUAAUUAUACACAAAACAUAGACACAUUGGAAACUGUGGCCGGCGUAAAACGGGUUCUUCAAUGUCACGGCUCCUUCGCUACCGCUACUUGUUUACUUUGUCGUAGACGAGUACCUGGGUCCGAGAUAGAAUCGGACAUCAUGCGUCGGAAGGUACCGUUGUGUCCGGUAUGUAAUCCUCCGUCAUCGUCGACGUCGACGUCGACGCCGAAAAACGGCAAAAAAAUAAGCAAGAAAAAGGCUAAGGGGGAAUGGGAUAGUGAUUGUGAAGACGAAAGUGACGCUCCGACAUAUCCCCCAGGGAUCAUGAAGCCUGAUAUCACGUUCUUUGGCGAAAAGUUGACUGACGAUUUUGACCGCUCACUUGAAGAAGAUCGGGACAAUGUGGACUUGUUGCUCGUCAUCGGUACCUCUCUGAAGGUCGCGCCUGUUGCGGACAUCUUGUCGCAUCUCCCGCAUUCCGUUCCUCAGAUAUUGAUUAACAAGACUCCCAUUAGGCAUAUCAAUCCCGAUAUCAUCCUCUUGGGAAACGCCGACGAUAUUGUAACGUAUAUAUGUGCUGAACUUGGUUGGGACCUACCGCCACCGACGUCCUCCUCCUCGUCGUCUCCGUCACCCUUCGCCGGACGGAUGCAGCCUCCCCGCGGAAAUAUCAAAAAGCGGUCAUCAUCUGGUUUAGAAGAGGAGGCAGAAGAAGGGCGACAGGAACCUCGAAGAGUAGAUCAUAGGCACGUCUUUGUUCGAACUCAAUUAUAUUGA